AUGAAAAAAAUAUUUAUCCUCCUUUUAAUCAACCUAAUUAGCGUUAGUUCUCAACAGUGCGAUCCAAUUCUUAGAGAUCCACCAUUAGACUCGAGAAAAUGUUUCGAGAAUAUUGGACAAACUCUCAAUGGCCUUGCUUCAUUUUCACCAACACUUUCGAAUCCUUUUUCUAUGAAUCGGAAGGGUGAAAACGGAACUACAAUUGCUCUGAUGGAUCCUGAGCUAUGUAUUGAUCAUUGCGCUGACUAUCUCUUUAAAUAUGCAGCUCUAAAAAAUGGUGAAGAAUGCUAUUGUGCAACCGAUAGUAUUACAGAAUAUUACAAUCACCCAUCAAAUGGUACAUGCAAUAGUACUUGUGCUGGCAACCCAACUUUCACUUGUGGUGGAGAAAAUGCUUUUAAAGUUUAUAGCACCACUACUAGUACCCACUACUCAUAUGGUAAAAACAUUAAUAUCUAUAAAAAACUAGAGCUGGUUUCUAAGAAUAGUGACCCUCGCUAUCAAGGAUGUUUUCAAGAUGGUCCUUCUUGUCGCACCUUAAAUGGUACACCACCUCAAGUGGAAAAUUCUAUAACAAUCGAUGACUGCAUAAAUUUUUGCAAUCAAAAUAGUUUUAAAUAUGCUGGCCUGGAAAACGGACAUCAAUGUUUUUGCGGUAAUGAUUACACUGUAAAUGGUCAAGCAAGUGGUGCACCUAACGAGCAAUGUAGUACUAGUUGUGUGGGCAACAGCUCUCAGAUUUGUGGCGGCCCUUUUGCUCUUAGCAUAUAUGAAGUUCCCAACAAAUCUUCAACAAAUUCUACUCUAAAAAUUGUAGGAGGUGUUGUAGGAGGUUUCUUAGCGCUUGUAUUGCUACUUAUUAUCCUACGGCUCUGUCGCGGUUAG